AAUUUGAAAUUUAUUUAAUUAAUAAAAUAUUCUAUCAAAUUAUUCUAAUUAGAAAUUCAUCUGUAACGACCAUUUUAAUAACAAAAUGGACAAAUUUCUUAAACGAAAACAUGAUUCUGGUACUGAUAAUGCAAGUACAAAUACAAGCAAUAUCAAUGAUGAUAUUUUCAAUAAUGAGAAUAAAAUAAAAAAGGUCAAUAGACAAUAUUGCAAUGAUUAUUUAAAUUUUGGGUUCUCUUAUGUUUACGAAAAUUAUUGUCAAAUUCCCCUAUGUGUGGUUUGUGGGGAAAAGUUGUCUAAUAGCGCAAUAGCACCAGCGAAAUUAAAACGGAAUUUUUCAUCUAAACACGCCAAUCUCUCGUCCAAAGAAAAAAUUAUUUUGAAUGGUUGUUGAACAUCAACACGUCAAGUUAUGAAUUUACGUUAGAAGAAGAGGAAGAAUUCAUAACGCUAACAACAGAUCGAACUCUCAUUUUCUGAAAUAACAGUAGAAGAAUUUUGGAUUUCAGUUCAAACCGAAUUUAAAAAAUAUUCUGAAAAAGCAAUUUCAAUUUUAUUACAAUUUUCAACCUCAUACUUGUGUGAGCUUGGGUUUUCAACAUUGACGAAUAUCAAAACUAAGAAACGAGAAAGCCUGACAAAUAUUGAAGAGGAAAUGAGAGUAGCAAUAUCCUACAUACGGCCAGAUAUUGAAAAUAUCCGUAAAAAUCAUCAGGCACAAAUAGCUCAUACAAAGUAUUUAUUUCAAAUUUUUACAUUUUUUUUUAACUUUUUUUUAUUAUUUUAUUACUUUUUAGUGACUAACACUAACAAUUUUAUGCUAUACAAUAUACAUCCAUUGUUUAAUAUAUUAUAAAAUUUAAAAAUGUGUGUAUUACUAUUUUAUUUUACGGUUGCGUUCCGCGAAAA